UAGUACUACUACGCAUAGGUUAGUAUAUUGUAUAAAAGAAGGACCUCUCGAACUUUUUCCAGUGCAACAUUUUCAAAAUGAUGAAACUACUUCUUGCGUUAACUACCUUGCUGGCUGCUGCCCACUGCUUUUCAGUAAACCCGGCUGCCGGAUUCACUGGAGAUAACAACGAGCCAUGCUACAGCACCGCAUCUGGUGGAAAAGACGGAGGCAUUUGCCUCCAAUCGGACUGCUGUGCUGGUGCGACCUACAUUUCUAACUUGUGUCCUGAUUACCAGGCCAACGUGAAAUGCUGCUACUCUUAUAAUUCGUGCAACUCAAAUGCCGUUUCUUGUCCGGCUGCUCAGGCUGUAGCUUGCGAAGUUUUGGGAAUGCACGAGAAGGGUCAGAUUGCGUUGAAGGGUGAGCAUUUUGAUCCCUCUGGAAACAAUCCUUAUGAUGGAGCCAGCGCCCUAUCCAACAUCCGUGAUACGUGCUACGGCAAACAUGCCAAGCUAUCCUCCUACGGUAAUGCUCCCGGAGGAACUGUUUGUUUGACGGCAAAGAUGGUGACCAGCUUGCGUGAUUAUGCUCGCAACUAUUACAACUCAAACGGUUUACCCAUCGAGGUCAAUGCGUUGGCCGGAUCCAGCCAUUCCGCUACAUCUUGGCAUUACGAAGGAAACACUUUCGAUGUCGGGUGCACUUACCCAACAAAUCAUUGCUCGGCUCUGACCUCCUGGUGCCGCAAUCAAAACCCCGUGGAAUUAUGCUACCCUGGAAGUUCAUGUGGAGGUCACGAGACAUGGGUCCACUGCGCUCAUUGAAGAGAAUUCAAGAAAAAAACACGCUGACUUUAACCAACUUUUCCGACUUUUCCUCUGUAAUUUGACCAUGCAAAACUUCCUUUUCUUGGCCUGAAUAAACGCUGCAUAUAUUCCAGAA